CAAUUCCUAGGACACAUGACCGCAAAAAUCGCAACACCACUCACGAAUCUGCUGAAGAAUAACAUGCCCUAUAAGUGGGAACCAAAACAUCAGGAAGCCAUGGAGCAGCUGAAACAAGCACUCACGUCCGCACCAGUACUCAUCUUGCCAGAUCCCGAACGCGACUAUGUCAUCGAAGCUGACGCUAGCGACCACGCAGUGGGAGCAAUCUUGAUGCAAGACCAGGGGAAUGGACUGCAACCAAUUGCCUACCUCAGCAAGAAACUACACGGAGCAGAACUAAACUACCCGAUACACGACAAAGAGGCCCUUGCUAUUAUCGUCGCCUUCAAAACGUGGAGAUGUUAUCUCGAAGGGCGAAGAACAACCGUAUACACCGACCACUGCAGCCUGAAAUAUCUGAAGACACAACUCAAUCUCUCCAACCAGCAGGUCUGCCCCAGCCCCCUCGUCAGAACCACUGUCUCCGCCGCCACCACCACCACCACCACCACCACCACCACCACCACCACCACCACCACCACCACCACCACCACCACCACCACCACCACCACCACCACCACCACCACCACCACCACCACCACCACCACCACCACCACCACCACCACCACCACCACCACCACCACCACCAUCACCACCACCACCACCACCACGCCCUCCCUUGGGGCCACGACGGCCCUGACGCUGUGACGGCGGAGAUCGACCAGCCAGGCGGA